AAAACAUUUAACUAUAAAUGUAAGUUAAGGCAAUGGUUAAAGAAAAGGAGUAAAAAGCGGAAAAGUAAAAGACACUGAAAAGGCUCACAAACUUGAAAAAUGGGACGUGAAAGAAUAUCUAUGAAACUAAUUCAAAACGAGAAAUCAAGAAAGACAACAUUUCAGAAGAGAAAGAAGGGCUUAUUGAAAAAAGCGAAUGAACUUUCCAUUCUUUGUGAUGUUGAUGUUUGUGUGAUUCUCUAUGCACCCAACUUUGAAGGUGAAGGAUUUGCAGAACCUGAAACAUGGCCUAAAGACACAAACGAGGUACAAAGGAUUCUUCAAAAAUACUAUAACACAACAGUCGAUAGACGUCAUAAGGUUUAUCAUCUUCAAGAAUAUUUCCAAGAAAGGUUGAAGAAAGUUGCGUUUGAGAUUUCGAAAGUGCGAAAACAAAGGCUAAAGAUCAUGUAUCCAACUUGGGAUGAAGCUUUUGAUUCUCUUAGAGGGAAUGAAUUGAAGUCACUUAUUAGCACAUUGGAUUCUAGGUAUGAUUCUUGCUGUCAAAAGAUGGAUUUUCUUAACGGAAAAGCGAAUAUGGAACAAUCACAUCCUAGUACUUCUAUUUUAAUCUCAAAUCCAAGUAGCUACUUGAAUCCAUUUGUAAACAACAUGUUUCAAGAGGGACAAUGCUCUCAACCUUCUUCGAUGAGUGCACAAGCUUUCUAUCAGCCACUUCAAUUAGGACAAUGCUCUCAACCUUCUAUGGUGUUUUCGAGUGCACAAGAAUUCUAUCCGUCACUACAAUUAGGAGAAAGUGUUGAACCUUUUUCGAUGAUUCCAAGUUCACAAGCCUCUUAUCAUCCACUUCAAUUAGGACAAAGCGCUCAACCUUGUUCGAUGAUGCCAAAUGCACAAGCCUCUUAUCAUGUGGAGCCUGAGCCUGAGCCUGAUGAGUCUUAUCCUUAUGAACAUAUUGGAGCUGGUCGAAACUUGUCACCAUACUAUUACAAAGGGAACACAUCAAUGCAAUCACAUCCUGAUCAUGUGCAAACUCUUCCUUUCCAGAAUAUUCCAAAUCUGCCACAUGGAUUUCAGCAUAAUGGAAUCACUGAUAUGGAUGUUCUUCAAGCUGAUAUGUUCAACUACAAGGAUGAAAGGAAUUAGAUCAUAUGUUUCAUCAUUUUUGGGAAUUGGUGUUUUCUUUGUAAUUGAUAUUUGUGUUGGUUUUUGUUCCUGUCUGAUAGGUUUUUCGUAGUACUUUGGUUGUGUACCAUUCAAAUUACCCUUAACAGAAUCCAUUUUUUGUUUUGUU